CAUCCCCCCGUUCCGACGGGGGUGUUUCCCGCCCGAUCUCGCCCAAAGGCCGUUAGUCCUCAGUCGCGCCGCAACCUUUGUGUUGCGAGGACACUUCCAAUCAUAUGCAUAUCCUUCUACAUCACUCGCUGUAAACUAAUGUCAAUGUAAUGUGAUAAAAAAUAUAUAAUUAAUAUUAACUAUCGUGUUUGAUCCCUGGGGAAGUUCGGAAGCGAACUUUGAAUAUAACAUCUCAUAUAAUUUAGGCGAAGAGCACAAAGAGUCGGAGGUGUAUAUUUCGGUAAAUCCGUAUCGUAGUAUCAAAUAUGUGGCAGUUCGAGGACUCUGAAAUAUGCUCCAUAGGGAUGAUCCAUCCUUCCAACAGCAGACACUCGGGGCUGUCGCUGCUGUCGGGGAUGUCCACCUUCUCAGGUAUAUCGACGUUGUCUGGAUGCGGUUCACCGGAGAACAUGGAGCGCCUCCCGGAGCUGCCCGCGGCUGAGGAGCGUCGCUUGCGGCGCGCGGCCCACGUGCUGCAACAACGACUCAUCCUGCGACAGUGGCUGGCCACGCACAAACUGCAACACGCUUAUCCCAAACUGCUGAGCUUGGACGUGUCGUCGCUGGAGGACGUGUACUGGGUGGAGGACUCCGCCGCGAGGCACGUCAUCGAGCCCAAGGACUUCAGCGUGUGGUCCACCGCGAGGCAGAGCCUCCCUACCGGCAAGGAAGCCCUGCAGUCGCUCAAGUCGGACCUGUGGAGCGCCGUGGUCAAGAGUAGCAAGCAUCAGGACGCCUGGACAUGGGGCGGUAUGCUGGUGGUGUCCAUCUCGGUAUGUGGGCUGGUGACCCUGGCAGCUAUGACUCAGCCGUCCCUGGCUCCCGAAGCCAAGCACUCACUGCUGCAGUACGUCACCGGGAAGUACCUUCACCCGCCCAGCUGCAAGGUGGAGUGGGGCUGGGAGGAGCCACAGGCUGUAGGCGAGACGAUGUGCUUCACUGUGCACUGUUACCAACGAAACGGGCAGCCUUACCCGGUGUGCGACACGGACGACCUGGUCGUACACAUCGCACACGGGACCAGGAAGAUAGCGGCGGUCGUCGAGCUGGGAUCUGGCGACCCUGCCAAGGCGCACACCGCGCGGGUCAAGUUCACCGUGAGGACCGCCGGGGUGUACGUCAUCAACAUACUGAUCGGCGGACAAGUCGGUGCGGGCGGACCUCACCGCAAGUGGUUCAGUGCGGGCCGUGUGGAGGCGCGGCGGUCGCGGGUGGGCCGAGCGCGGGCCCCCCUCGUCUGCACGGAGCACCGCCCGCGACGUCUCCACCUCCACCCGCGGGACCGCUUCGACAACCCCGCGGCCCUGCAGCACCCCGCGGCGCGCGGCUUCACGGUCCACCUCUCCCCGCUCGGUGAUCCGAGCGGUGAAGCCGACCCCGAGCUAGACGCGGCCGCCGCCAUCGAGUACGACUCUGUGGAGCGCCGGGUCAGCGUGGCGCUGUGCUUCCCGCGCGCUGGCGUGUUCCGCGCAGCCGUUCACUACGAGGGAGCGCUCCUGCAUAACGGGGAGUUCGAUUGUAUCGUCCUCACAGCGGCCGACACGGAAACCGUUCAGCGCCAGUUGGGUUCUCGGCGCGGCGCCACGUGGGAGGCUCGCACGGUGGGUCCGAGCUCCCCGUCCGCACGACCUCGACGUGUCCUGUGCGUGCUCAGCGCUAAGCAGCUGCUGCUCAAGGACUACUUUCUCAGAUUCAUUCCUAAACGCAUCACUUCGUUUCGGCUCUGUCCAUCGACAAAGCUAAUUCUGAGCCCGCGGCCCGAGGGCACGGGUCCGGGGGGCGAGCUGACGCUAGACGACGGAGUGCAGCCGCCCCUCACCCUGUACUGCGCCCAGCGGGACCUGCUGGCUGCUACAUUCACUCAGCUCCUGAUCGCCAACUGCGGAGGCGAAGACAGUUUUAAAAACAAGCAGGACUACUUCUACAGCGAGGUGCGCAAGGCCCACGCGCGUCUGCCGCACGACAAGCUGCCGCUGCGCGUGUCUCGCGCCGACCUCCUGCGCUCCAGCUUCAAGGCCACCAAGCACUUCACUUUGGCCGACUGGUGCAAGAACUUCGACGUGACCUUCCAGGGCGAGCAGGGCGUGGACUGGGGCGGCGUGAGGCGCGAGUGGUUCUCCCUGCUGUGCGGGAAGCUGUUCGACGCGCGCUGCGGCCUGUUCGUAUCGUGCCAGGACUCGCCCGCCGGCCUGGUGCAUCCCAACCCCGAGAGGCCGGCGCAUCUCAAGUUGAAGCACUUCGAGUUCGCCGGACGGGUGGUCGGGAAAUGUCUCUACGAGAGCGCGCUGGGGGGCGCCUACAGGCAGCUCGUGCGGGCGAGGCUCGCGAGGUCUUUCCUGGCACAGAUCAUAGGACUGCGCGUGCACUACAAGUACUUCGAACAAGACGACCCGGAGUUGUAUUUGUCCAAAAUUAAGUACAUCCUGGAGACGGAUCUGGACGCGUCCGACUCGCUGCCGGAGAUCUACUUCUCUGACGACGUCUACGACAGCAGCGGCCGCCUGCUGGAGACCAGAGACCUGGUGCCCAACGGCUCCACCAUCAGAGUCCGCAACAGCAGCAAGCUGCAGUACCUGGACGCCCUGGCCCAGUGGCGACUGGCGGCUCGCUGGCGGCCCGAGACCGACGCCUUCCUGCGAGGCCUGACGCUGCUGGUGCCCGACCACCUGCUGGCCAUCUUCGACGAGAAUGAGCUGGAGCUGCUCAUGUGCGGGACGGGCGAGCUGUGCGUGGCGGAUUGGCGCGCGCACGCGCUGGUGUCGGGCUCCGGGCGCUCGUGGGAGCGGCGCCUGGGCUGGCUGUGGGCGGCCGUGGGCAGCUUCAGCGGCGAGGAGCGCGCGCGCCUGCUCCAGUUCACCACAGGUUGCUCGCAGCUGCCGCCGGGCGGCUUCCGGGAUCUCAGCCCGCGCUUCCAGAUUGCCGCCGCGCCCACGCACGGGGCGCUGCCCACCGCACACACCUGCUUCAACCAGCUGUGUCUGCCGGACUACGACUCCUACGAUCAGCUCGUCCGGGCACUGCUGUGGGCCAUCAACGAGGCCGGCGAGGGCUUCGGCAUGAUCUGAACGUCCACACAAACUUACGAGUACUACGACGGUUAGAGCGGCGGGGGCGGGCGGGGACGGGCGGUUACGGGCGGGGGCGGGCGGGGACGCAUCGAGAGCUCGACAGAUACAGACAAGAAUCUUGAGAUAUUUCAUUUUGUUUAAUAUUCACGAAUAUAAUGUGUGAACAGCGUGUCGUCCGCCCCGCUCCGCUGCCCCCGCUCCGCUGCCCCCGCCCCGCUGCCCCCGCCCCGCAUCUCCCGCUGCCCGCAGGCCGGUGUGUGUUGAAUAACCCUCUGUUAUUUUCCUAAGCCGCCGGUUCAGAGCUCCUGUUAUUUUCCCGCUCCUCUCUAUGUUCCGAUCGCACUCUCUGUAGAUGUCGUAGUGAUAAAUCUCGAACCACGAGCCGUGGACUGCUCCAGCUUCGGUGGAGUCUGCGCGAUGUAGUCCUGGCCGUUAACUAGCCGAGCCGUAGUCAGGUAGUCGUAGAAGUUGUAGCUGAAACAUAUUGUUGAACGCAACGCUAGGUCGAGUAUCCUAGACUAAGAAGAUUUCCGUCAACGUCUGCAAGCGGCGGCGGACGGAGUGCUGUAACGUGUUCCUGCCAAUGUGAAUCGUCCGCGGCGAAGGAAUUGAUAAUGUGUAUGUUGAAUGCGCGACAAUAAUGUUGACCCAGAGGUCAGAGGACCUCGCUUUACUUCAAGCACAAGUUAGGGCUGGACUCACGGCGGGCUCUCGACGUGACUCGUCAACGUGCAGCUGAUGUGUUCACCCCUGGCAGUGUUUCUAGAAUAUACCAAAGCGUUAUCUGCGAUAGUUCCCCAACGAUCUCAUGAGAGGCUGUUUGUGUGUCGUUUUGUUUUGUUAUUAUAACUGUUGUAGGUCGUGUCCGCUACAGCGUCUCGCACAGAGCAGUGUACUCGUAUGCGAGAUCUCCCCCCGCGGACUCCAGUCAGGCUCCCAUGAUAUCGACGAUAAUCACAAAUGUAUCACAUCGCACAACUACAUAUAACCUAUGAUGAGAACUCAAAACAUAUAAUCUAGAAAAAAAAUGUAUUCCAUGUAUAUAAUCCGAGAUUAUGAAACGACAUCACAUAGUCUUAUUAAACCUCGGUCCCCCUAGCGAUAGUUUGAACAGUUAAUACGCAUUAAGAUAUUAACUUUGUGUAAGAGAUGAAUCAGACUUAUGUUACGACACUUACUAACAGAAAGAAUACAAAAAAAAAGAUUAUCAAUGAAUAUGGAAACAAACAGAUAUUGCAGGCUGUAAAAAUAACAGCCAAAAAAAAAACUAAUUUAAGAAAAUCAAAUGUACAAAAGAAGGUAGACAGUUCAGAGCGAGUAGGGUUACGAAUGUAACAGGCGAUAAUAAAAAUGAAGAGAUUAAAAAAGGCAUUACAACUUGUUGACACUUGUUAUUCCUCCGUGAAGUCAGCGCACACUUCCCGUUCCUGUGAAGACUUCAAGUGUUAGCACGCGCUAAACCUCUCGGAUACAGUCCCUGUCUGUCUGUUUCAAACGGCCUCUUUUCUUUUUCGUUUUAAUUACGUUGUUCACGGACCUCUUGAGACCGAGAGUAUGUGAGUGUCAAAGAAUGUCCCUCGUAGGAUGAACAUUUUAUUAUCAUUUAGGGAUCACUUACUUUUACACGUUGACUUGAUUAAUCCCAGUAUCAUAUUUUAAACAAACAAAUGUAAUUAAUAAUUAUACUAUAGUAUUAUUUUUAAUUGCCUUAAAUUUAUUGUUCUGUUUUUAAAAGAUUUUUUUUUUAUAAUAUGGCCUUCAUCAGUGCAAAGACGUGCACAGUAUAUUCUGCCAGUGUCAUGAUUAGUUUUUUAAAUUAAAUAUUUCAAAAACCGCUCACCCGUCAUCUCUGUUUUUAUUUCGUUUUUAGUAAAAAGUUUGUUUUGGUGUCGCCUUAGCUUAUAUCUAGCUGCAAAGUAGAUGAUCGGAAGCUGUAUAAUGCCUAAAUCUUGGCAACACUGCAUCCCUCGCGCUGGACUCGGUCCGGGUGUUUUCUGAGGCCUACCGUCCCGUGGACUACUUACUGUUAGAUUAUUCAUGUUGGGAUAAGGACAAUUAGAUGUGCCGUUAUUACAACGUCUCUACUGUAACGACAGAUUUUUUUUUUAGUAGAUUUAUAAAAACAAUAUUUCUUUCAAGUGUAUGCAGUGUUGCGUUAAUUAGUUAUAUUUCCAAAAAAAUAUCCAAAGCUUUCCUCGACACAGCACGUCCGACACUUGUGGUCUUGUUUAAGGUAAGCCGUUAAUAUUAACUUUAGCUUAUAUUGCCUAAGUCAUUAUUUUUGUAUUCCUACCAAGGACUAGUCAUUUCGUCGUAAUUUACCAAAUAUUAAUUAUAAUUAUCAAAUUCCCAGCUCUUUUCGUCAAUGCAAGUUAAGAACAAUUAUGUUGGUAGAGAUGAGAGCAGCUUCUUUCACAUGGCAACAUUUUAUAUGAACAUUUUUUAAAAAUUGCUGUUGAAAAAAAAUUUUACGUGUAUGGUAUGCAAAAGUGUACGAGUAUUCUUAAAUGUAUGAACGUGUGUAAUAUCAACGCGGCCUAAUCAGUAGCAUUCGAUUCCGAUGUAAUGUGUUUGUAGUUGGUUGAAUAGAAAUGUAAGACUGAAAAAAUAAAUAAUUACAGAAAA